CUUGACAACCGGUCUGCAGCCAGAGUAACGGUAGUCGUCUCUGGUCUUUCAUUGUCUCGGUUUGUUGACGUUAGCUGGAGUACAGCGGUAGUUAGUAACGGUAACCUGCUGCCUGUUCUUCCAGGCAAGCCGUGUGGACUCAGUAGAGCUGGCCUGCUCUUUAGCUUAAAUGGGUUUUCGAAUAAAAAGAUGAUCGCCUCACUUUCUAGAGGAAGUUUGCUGGAUGAGGUUCUUCAUGGGGGCUUUAACGAGCAGCAGCUGGCAGCGUAUGUUUCCUGGGUGAACUCUCAGCUGAAGAGGAAACCGGGCCUGAAGCUGAUCACAGACCUCAGGCGUGACCUGCAAGAUGGGGUUGUACUCACACAGCUCAUUGAGAUUGUUGCUGGGGAAGUGCUGGAGGGAGUUUUUGUCCCUCCACAGAACAAAGAAGAAAGCAGGAAGAAUGUGGAGCAAGUCUUGCAGUUCAUUUCCUCCAGACACAUACGCAUGCCGCACAUAACUGCAAGAGACAUCGUGGAUGGAAAUCUAAAAUGUGUAAUGAGAAUUAUUCUGGCACUGGCUGCCCACUUCAAACCCUCCGCCAAUCACAGAACUGCCUCUGGAAGUGGGAGGGGUUCAACAAGAGGCUCCUCCAACCACAAUCCUCUCUCCACUGUGGCAUUAGCACAAGGUGCAGCUGCUGCCCUGGCGUCUGCACGUCAUGAUGCCUCACAGCCCUCACGUGCUGCACGUUUAAACAGUGGCUGGGGGCUGGAUUUGGAAAAGAGUGUGUGUGUUCGUGCCCUGGUUGAGCAGUAUGAGAGAGGAGCUCCAGAUGAGCAAGACAAUCCUCAGCCUAGCAGCCUCACCUCUGCCAGUCCUCUGCCCUCUCCAAGAGCUCCACCCAGCAGCCACUCAGACCAACAGCAGGAAGACCACCAGCAAACGGAGCCCACUAAAUCCUAUAAUACUGAAGUGGACUCUGCAUGGGAUGAUUCUGUUGGUGAAAAUUUGGAGAAGGAGGUGCAGGAGACACGUAAAAUGGUGUCUGCUCUACAGGCCCUGCUGUUGCAUGGUUCACUGCCUGAGGAUGAACAAGACACGUCUUUGAGUUUGGACCAAGGCAACCCUGAGCAGCAACUGGUUGUCAUUCGCAGUCGUUUGGACCAGAGUAUGGAGGAGGCUCAGGAGCUGAAGAGGGAGCUGCUGCGCUGCAGGCAGGAGAUGAGAAACCUGCAGGCAGUCAAGGACGCUCAGCAGCAGAGGCUGUGCGCACAGGAGGCAUCGAUACUGCAAAUGAAGCAGGAGCUGCUCAGAGGCAGCAUGGCCAACGAUGACCUCAACAACCAGAAUGCAGAGCUACAGUGGAAGCUGGAGGAAUGUAACAGGCUCUGGGGUGAAUGCAAGAAGGAGGUCAGCCAGAAGGACCGACAGCUGCAGCAGCUCAAACACAAGCUUGAAGAAAGCCAAAAAAAGCAGGGUGAAUUACAACGAGAGUUGGAACAUAGAAACAGCAUGCUUCAGAUUUCUAUAGAGACAGAAAACAAUGGAUAUUCCUACUCUGGAAAUGCAGCUCCCUCUAUGUCAGAUCAGGCAGAGGAGGUUCAGCUGCUCAGAGAUGCACUCAGGAGUUUGAGGAACAACCUCAAAGACCAUGACCCACAGCAUCACACACUGGACACCCUGGAGCAGGGAAUAGUAUCACUCAUUGACAGACUGCAUGUGCAUACACACAGGGGAAGAGGGAAAUCUCCAAAACGCAAAAGCCAACACACAGACUCCAACAGCUGGCCUAGCACAAAGGUCUGCAUCUCCAACAGUGGUUCCUCUGCCUCCACUAAAAUCCUUUAUUUUACUGGAAAAUCCUCAACACCUUCCAUGAUCAUUAUACCUAAGAGGUUAGGUGAGGUGACUCUCAAAGAUGUUAAGGCAGCUGUGGAUCGGGAGGGAAACUACAGGUACCACUUCAAGGCCCUGGAUCCUGAGUUUGGCACAGUAAAAGAAGAGGUGUUCCAAGAUGGGGCAAUCAUUCCGGGCUGGGAAGGAAAAAUUGUUGCCUGGGUAGAAGAGGACAAUGGCGAGGAAAGACCAUUGUAGGUUCAGCCCGAGAAGCCAUGGCCUUGUUUUUCCUCUUGGUCUCUCUGAUCCCAGAGGAACUACUGAUCCCAGAGGAGCUGCUGUCUAGGACUAAAGGCACAAGCAGACACUCCUUUCAUUUUAAUUAUGACCUGUGAGCGAUAGAUUUGGGUUGAUUGUCUGAUUCUAAAUCAGACUGACAGCCCUGCUCUCUCUGGAAACAGUAAAACUGAUGACCAGAAUAUCGCACAGCUCAGUGCCUUACAAAGAAGAUGGAAAUGUCCUAGAAUUAAAGAAAUAGGAAAAUUAUAUAGGAUUUUCUAUUUCUUACCAUGCUUGUGUUGCAUCAUCUGUAGUCAUGCAUAGAGGUUUGCUCUAAAGAAGAGUCAUUCUGGAAGUAUUUGUUGUCAAUCCUAAAAUUUUUUAGCUGCAUUGUGGUCAUUUAAACAAAUUACAUGCCAGAAAAAUGUACUUUCUAUGGUUCUUUAUACCAAGAGGUCUGCCUUGAUUUUGCAUAUAAAUGUAAUUACAUGUAUUUUCUACAAUGCCAAACAAUCUUUGAACAAAUCUCCUAAAGUAAUUGAUAAAAAUAUAGAAAUUGUACAGGAAAUGUGUUUUAUUUUUCAUUCUGACUCACUGCUGAUAAACACAGAUAUCUCCUCACUAUGCUCUUAUUAUAUUUUUUAUUUUUUUUUUAUAGGCAUCAGCUGAAGAAGGAUGUAGCUCAGGUGUUGAUAAAGAUAUUAGUCUGUGGCACAAAAACAAACAUGUAAACAAGACUUGCCCAAACUAAACUGCCGUCAGUGAAUUGAAGUGUUGCCGGAGUUUGUUUGUGUAGAAAAUGAAAGAACUGUUUUUUUUUUUCAACUUUGAGAAAUAGUUCUGUAAAUUUGAGAGACUUUCUUUAAAAAUAUCCCUUACCUUUAUUUUUUUACUUUUAAAGUUUGUCUCUUGAAGUGUUGGAAGAGAGAUUUAUUUAAGUUGAGAUGCGUCUGCUCCUUUUAAAAUGACACCGUAGAUGCAAUUUUUCCACAGAGAUUUAAGUCGGCUUUUGUCCUGGAAUAACGGACAUAACAACUAUUUAUGGUUUAUUUGGGUGUGUGUGUGUGUGUGUGUGUGUGUGCGUGUGUGUGCGAUCUGGACAUAUAAAUACCCUGUAAACAGUGAUUACAGCUGUUCUUCUUGAUGCAGUAAAAUGUUCUGCUCUAGUUUUAGGACAACUUUGAUCAUUCAGAAGUCUGUACAUGAAGAUGCAGACCAGUUCGCAUGUUCAUCCUGUUUUGGGAUCAGUUUACCUUCACUAACAAGCCAACAGAAAUAUGCAUCAGUCUACUUUAUCAAGAUCUAUUUCAAUGCCAUGACUGCCUGUUCUGUAAAGUGCACUGUUUGCUUAUGAGAUGGUCAAUUAGCUUUUUUUUUGUUUGUUUGUUUUCUGAAACUUUUACAAACAUAGAUUGUAUGAGAAUAAAAGAAUGGCCUUUGGUGACUUUUGGAACAAUAUUUUACAAU